AUGGUUUGUAUAUAAUUUAAUAUCAUUAAAAUCACGCCAAUAAGAAUAUUAAAAUAAGGUAAAGUAAUUUUGACAAAUAAGUUAAUGAUACCAAGCAAUUAGGAGAUCUCAAAAUAUGAACUAUACAAUCCAAAAUUAAAGAAAUUUUCAGCAUAUAUAAAUGAGUUUUCAAUUUAAUUAAAAAAUAGAUUUAAUGAAUAAUUGCUCAAUUUUACUAAUUCAACUUGUUAAAUUAUGGAAUCUAUAAUCGAUAUUAAAAAAUAAGAUAGAUUAAGUUCAAGCAAUACUUCAUUAAUAUAUUUUAAUUAAACAACAAACAAUUUCGAUUUAGGAAUGUUAAUUUUUAAUCUUGAUCCAUAUAAUCAAACUGACAAAUAGUAUAAAAUUGAAAUUUAAUGCAAAACCUAAAGUUUAAUUAAGGAAUUAUUGUAUAAGAUAAAAGUAUAAAGCCUAAUUUGUUAAUUAGGAGAAUUUAAUGUUUUAAAUGGUUGUUUGACUUGUUAAUCUACAUAAGGGUUUUAUUCUGUUACAUACAAUGCUACAAAGUGUUCAAUAUUUGAUAAAAUAAAAUUUGAAGCCAUUACUUCUAACAAUAUUAAAUUGAAACCUGGAUAUUGGAGAUCUCAUCAGGAAUCUGAUUUAGCGAAUGAUUGCUUCAAAAAUAUUGAAUCAUACAAAGGUGGUUGGGCUGUUGGCGAUGAGAUUUGUAAAAUUGGGCAUGUUGGAGGAUUGUGUGAAGAGUGUGAUAAGCAUAAUACUAGAGGAGAUGGAUAUUAUUUUAUAAAUGAUCAAUUUAGUUGUUUAAAUUGUAGCAAUUUUUCUAUUAACAUUUUAUCUUUGGUUCUCAUAACAAUUUGGUAAUAAAUUAAUUCUACAAAAGGGUCUUUCUAUCAGCUUUUAUAACAUUAAAUAGUGUAUAGAAAACUAAUUAACUCUUUGCUUCAUUAAAACUCACUUAAAAUUUUGCUCAUAUCCUGUUUAAGAUGAAUAUAAGUAUUUGUUUAAUAAAUAUUAUUUUUAGAUUAAGAGAUUAUCUUAUUAAAGUUAUUGCUUAAUUAUAUUUGGAUAUUUUCUGUAAUUUAUACUUUUAACAUUCAAUUUUCUUUUUCAUUUAUUUUGUUAAGUAGAUGAAUGAUACACCAUAUUUCCUUACUCGUAAUUUAGAUUGUGAAAUUUCAUAAUCAUUUGAAAUAGAAUUAAUAUACAUAAGAGUAUUAGGAAUGUUUACUCUAAUCAGUUUAUAAAUCUUCGUUAUUUAAUUAACAGUUAACAUUUUUAUAAUGCUUACAAAAGGAAAAUUCAGUAGUAACAUAUCUUCAAUUACAAUAAUUUAUUUAUAUAUAUCAUUAGGCAUGGAUUUAUAAGUUUGCUUUACCUCUUUGAUUACUGAUAAGGUUAAUUUUCCUCAUAUCAUUACUUUUAUUUUUGAAUAGAUCAUAAAAUAAACUUGA